UAGUGUGUACCACUACUCCACUAGCAGUCUCCAUCACCACUACUAGCAGUCUCCAUCACCACCAGUAGCAGUCUCCAUCGCCACCACUAGCAGUCUCCAUCACCACUACUAGCAGUCUCCAUCACCACCAGUAGCAGUCUCCAUCGCCACCACUAGCAGUCUCCAUCACCACUACUAGCAGUCUCCAUCACCACCACUAGCAGUCUCCAUCGCCACCACUAGCAGUCUCCAUCACCAUUACUAGCAGUCUCCAUCGCCACCACUAGCAGUCUCCAUCGCCACCACUAGCAGUCACCAUCACCACCACUAGCAGUCUCCAUCGCCACCACUAGCAGUCUCCAUCGCCACCACUAGCAGUCACCAUCACCACCACUAGCAGUCUCCAUCGCCACCACUAGCAGUCACCAUCACCACCACUAGCAGUCUCCAUCGCCACCACUAGCAGUCUCCAUCGCCACCACUAGCAGUCACCAUCACCACCACUAGCAGUCUCCAUCGCCACCACUAGCAGUCACCAUCGCCACCACUAGCAGUCUCCAUCGCCACCACUAGCAGUCACCAUCGCCACCACUAGCAGUCUCCAUCACCACCACUAGCAGUCUCCAUCGCCACCACUAGCAGUCACCAUCACCACCACUAGCAGUCUCCAUCGCCACCACUAGCAGUCUCCAUCACCACCACUAGCAGUCUCCAUCACCACCACUAGCAGUCUCCAUCACCACCACUAGCAGUCUCCAUCACCACCACUAGCAGUCUCCAUCACCACCACUAGCAGUCUCCAUCACCACCACUAGCAGUCACCAUCACCACCACUAGCAGUCUCCAUCGCCACCACUAGCAGUCUCCAUCGCCACCACUAGCAGUCACCAUCACCACCACUAGCAGUCUCCAUCGCCACCACUAGCAGUCUCCAUCACCACCACUAGCAGUCUCCAUCACCACCACUAGCAGUCUCCAUCGCCACCACUAGCAGUCUCCAUCGCCACCACUAGCAGUCUCCAUCACCACCACUAGCAGUCUCCAUCAUACACAGUCUCCAUCACCAAUCUUCUUCAGCUCUUGUCCUUCAACAAGGCUGUCGUCGUAUUCCAGUAUGUCAGGUUACAGGCAACAGCCUCCUGCUCCUGCAGCGCCGUCUGCACCACACCAGUCGUAUCCACCACAGCAACCAUAUCCACAGCAACCAUAUCCACCCCAACAACCGUGUCCCCAACAACUGUAUCCCCAACAACCGUGUCCUCAACAACUGUGUCCCCAGCAACCGCAGCGUCGUGAAGGUAGGCUGGGGCUGAGACUAGGCCUGGCAGUUGUAGGCCCACCGAGGUUGUCCCUAGGCCUGGCAGUCGUGCGUCGAUGGCGUCGCCGUAAGCAUGAACACGACACACACCACCACGACCACCAUCACCACCACCACUACCACCACCACGAGGAUCAUGACCGCCAUCACACGUGGUAGUGUUGAACCAGACACCACUACCACCUGUGUCCUCAGAGGUACUGGUGCUCCACUAGUCACCACCAGGAGCAUCAUCACAGGUAGUAGUGCUCCACUAAGGCACCACCAGGAGCAUCAUCACAGGUAGUAGUGCUCCACUAGUCACCACCAGGAGCAUCAUCACAG